AUGAGAAUGAGCAAAUGUCUUCCUAAACAAAGGGUCACCUACAUUUCCGGGUUGUUCUUGGACGGAGCACUCUCAUGGUGGAACCUUCAGGUUCAGACUAAAGGAGAAACUGUUGCGUAUGCUAUGAGUUGGGACGAGCUGAAGGAACUAAUGAGAAAGAAGUAUUGUUCUAGGGCAGAGAUUCAGAAACUUGAGACCGAGUUUUGGAAUUUAAGAAUGAUCGGAUCUGAUAUCGCUGGAUACAUACAACGCUUCCACGACUUGUCAAGGGUUGUUCCCUACUUGGUGGAACCUGAGUUUAAGCGGAUUGAGAGGUUCAUCUGGGGACUUGCUCCUGAGAUUCUGAGCAUGGUUACUUCUUCCAAGCCCCCUACAAUCAGCGAGGCAAUCGACUUGGCUGUCGCCCUCACCGAGGAGGCUCUUCGUUUAGACAAGUUUUCAAAGCCAGGCUCUAACAAAAAAGAGACUCAUGUGGAGUCUUCAAGCGGCAACAAGAGAAAGUUUUCAAACUUAAAGAAAGGCACUCAAGCAAACAACGACAACUGGAAUGCGAACAAACGAAGGGAAGUGAACCCAACUCGUGGUACUAAAGCUUAUGGAGCCACUAAUGAGGCUAGUGAAUUUAAGAACCUACUUGGUCUAGAGUCGAGUAAACUAGACGUCCCGUAUUCUAUAGAAUUGGCGAAUGGAAAAUUGGUCGAAGCGGAUGAGGUUAUUAAGGGUUGUACACUCGAGCUUGGGGAGCGAAAAUUUUCUAUCGACCUUUUACCUGUUGAUCUGGGUAGCUUUGACGCGGUUGUUGGAAUGGAUUGGUUAUCCGACAAUCGGGCAGAAGUGGUUUGUCACGAAAAGAGCAUCCGCAUCCCACUGCCGAAUGAAGAAACACUUAUAAUCCAUGGGGAGAAACGCGGGACGCCUCUACGGAUCAUAAAUUGCAUGAAGGCGCAAAAGUGUCUUCGAAAAGGCUAUAUAGCCUUCCUCGCCCACGUAGUUGACAAGGAAACCAAAGAGCCGAGGCUAGAAGACAUCCCAGUCGUGAAAGAAUUUCCAGAAGUCUUUCCAGAAGACUUGCCUGGACUACCUCCGCAACGUCAAGUGGAGUUCCGAAUUGAUUUAAUGCCAGGAGCGGCACCAGUGGCGAAAUCACCAUAUCGGUUAGCUCCGUCUGAAAUGCAGGAGUUAUCUACUCAGCUGCAAGAGCUGCUAGAUAAAGGAUUUAUUAGACCGAACGGCAGCUUUCGCAUGUGCAUUGAUUAUAGGGAGUUAAACAAGCUGACCAUCAAGAACCGAUAUCCCUUACCGAGAAUCGACGACUUAUUCGAUCAACUACAAGGUUCCAGCUACUACUCCAAGAUCGAUCUGAGAUCGGGUUACCAUCAGUUGAGAAUACAGGAAGAAAGUAUCCCCAAAACGGCUUUUAGGACUCGUUACGGACAUUACGAGUUUCUUGUUAUGCCGUUCGGCUUAACCAAUGCACCAGCGGUGUUCAUGGACCUCAUGAACCGUGUGUGUAAGCCGUAUUUGGACAAGUUUGUGAUUGUGUUUAUCGAUGAUAUCCUAAUAUACUCGCGAACCAAGGAGGAACACGAGCAACAUUUGCGAGCUAUUUUGGAACUCUUGAGAAAGGAACAACUGUAUGCAAAGUUUUCGAAGUGCGAAUUUUGGAUUCGCGAGGUUCAAUUCCUAGGUCAUGUGGUAAAUGAGAAGGGAAUUCACGUCGACCCAGCAAAGAUUGAGGCAAUUAAGAAUUGGGAAGCGCCUAGAACCCCUACUGAGAUACGACAGUUUCUGGGAUUAGCGGGCUAUUAUAGACGAUUCAUAGAGAACUUUUCAAAAGUUGCUCAACCGCUAACGUCCCUAACGCAAAAAGACAAGAAAUUUGAUUGGGGCAAGAAACAACAGGCGGCGUUUCAACUGCUGAAGGAUAAACUUUGUGACGCGCCUAUUUUGGCCUUACCCGACGGUACCGAUGACUUCAUGAUUACAAAAGUACUUGUUGAUCAUCUUGAGGAUUAA